AUGGAGGAGGGCGUGUGCUGGGCCAUGGGACAGUGGCUUGGUGGACGUUUGUAUCAGGGAGCAUUCUUUUAUUCAUUCUGCACAACCAGGAGAGCUGGUAUUUAUUGUUUAUACUUAUGUGAUUUUAUAGAUGGAGUUUUAACAUUGAAUGCGGAGAACUCUAAUUAUGCCUAUCCAGGCCCAAACUUCCAUAAAUGUGAAAUCUGUCUGCUGUCUUUCCCCAAAGAAUCCCAGUUUCAACGCCACAUGAGGGACCACGAGCGCAAUGACAAGCCACAUCGAUGUGACCAGUGCCCCCAAACGUUUAACGUUGAGUUCAACCUGACACUUCAUAAAUGUACCCACAACGGGGAAGAUCCUACCUGCCCUGUGUGUAACAAGAAAUUCUCCAGAGUGGCUAGUCUCAAAGCGCAUAUUAUGCUACAUGAGAAGGAAGAGAACCUCAUCUGCUCUGAGUGUGGGGAUGAGUUCACUCUGCAGAGCCAGCUGGCCAUCCACAUGGAGGAACACCGGCAGGAGCUGGCGGGGACCCGGCCCCACACCUGCAAGGCCUGCAAGAAGGAGUUCGAAGCGGCAUCAGAGCUGAAGGAGCACAUGAAGACUCAUUAUAAAAUUAGGGUAUCAAGUACAAGGUCCUAUAACCGGAACAUUGACAGAAGUGGAUUCACAUAUUCAUGUCCACACUGUGGAAAGACGUUUCAAAAGCCAAGUCAGUUAACUCGGCAUAUUAGGAUCCACACAGGUGAAAGGCCUUUUAAAUGUAGUGAAUGUGGGAAAGCUUUUAACCAGAAGGGGGCAUUGCAAACGCACAUGAUCAAGCAUACAGGUGAAAAACCCCAUGCCUGUGCCUUCUGUCCUGCCGCCUUCUCUCAGAAAGGGAAUCUGCAGUCACACGUGCAGAGGGUCCACUCGGAGGUCAAGAAUGGUCCUACCUAUAAUUGUACAGAAUGUAGUUGUGUGUUUAAAAGUUUAGGCAGCUUAAACACGCAUAUCAGCAAGAUGCACAUGGGUGGGCCACAGAAUUCAACAAGUUCUUCAGAGACUGCUCAUGUUUUAACAGCCACGCUCUUUCAGACGUUACCUCUUCAGCAGACAGAAGCUCAAGUCACGUCAACCCCAAGUCAGCAGAAUUCUCAGGCAGUGACUGAUGUCAUCCAGCAGCUUCUAGAGCUCUCAGAGCCGGGGCCGGUGGAGUCGCACCCAUCCCCUCAGCCUGGGCAGCAACUAAGUAUCACAGUGGGCAUCAGCCAGGACAUCUUACAGCAAGCCUUAGAAAACAGUGGGCUGUCUUCAAUUCCAGCUGCAGCACACCCUAGCGACCCCAGCCAUGCCACGGCUUCUGGAACGCAGAUUCGGAAUCCAGAUGUUUCCAGUGUGUCACCUGAGCAGACCAACCCUGGAGAGGCAGAGCAAGAGAAAGAACAGGAAAGCUCAGAGAAAUUGGAUAAGAAAGAAAAAAAAAUUAUAAAGAAGAAAUCACCAUUUCUACCUGGCUCGGUCCGGGAGGAGAACGGUGUGCGCUGGCACGUGUGCCCCUAUUGCACCAAGGAGUUCCGCAAACCCAGCGACCUGGUGCGCCACAUCCGCAUCCACACGCACGAGAAGCCCUUCAAGUGCCCGCAGUGCUUCCGGGCCUUCGCAGUGAAGAGCACGCUGACAGCGCACAUCAAGACACACACGGGCAUCAAGGCCUUCAAGUGCCAGUACUGCAUGAAGAGCUUCUCCACGUCCGGCAGCCUCAAGGUGCACAUCCGCCUGCACACAGGAGUUAGACCAUUUGCGUGUCCUCACUGUGACAAAAAAUUUCGAACCUCAGGCCAUCGGAAGACUCACAUUGCUUCCCACUUUAAACACACGGAAUUAAGGAAGAUGAGGCACCAGCGCAAACCCGCGAAGGUUCGUGUGGGCAAGACGGACGUCCCAGUGCCUGACAUUCCUUUGCAAGAGCCGAUUCUCAUAACAGACUUAGGUCUUAUCCAGCCCAUUCCAAGAAACCAGUUUUUCCAAAGUUAUUUUAAUAAUAAUUUUGUAAAUGAAGCAGAUAGACCCUACAAAUGUUUUUAUUGUCAUCGUGCAUAUAAAAAAUCCUGCCACCUUAAACAACACAUCAGGUCACAUACAGGUGAAAAACCUUUUAAAUGUUCUCAGUGUGGGAGAGGCUUUGUUUCUGCAGGAGUGCUCAAAGCACACGUCCGAACACACACAGGACUCAAGUCUUUCAAGUGUCUGAUAUGUAACGGAGCAUUUACUACCGGUGGCAGCUUGAGGCGACACAUGGGUAUACAUAAUGACCUUCGUCCUUACAUGUGUCCCUAUUGCCAGAAAACAUUUAAGACCUCACUAAAUUGCAAAAAGCACAUGAAAACCCAUAGGUACGAACUUGCCCAGCAGCUCCAGCAGCAUCAGCAUGUGGCCUCAGUAGGGGACAGUGCCGUGGACCAGCAGGGUGUGCAGGUCUCGGCCCAGAUGCAGGUGGAGAUGGAGAGCGGGGAGCUGCCACAGCCUGCAGAGGUGGUCGCAGCCAACCCCGAGGCCAUGUUGGACCUGGAGCCACCACACGUGGUGGGCACAGAGGAGGCAGGGCUUGGACAGCAGCUGACGGACCAGCCUCUGGACACGGACGAAGAUGGCUUUGUGGCUGCACAGGACCCUCUCCGGGGACACGUUGGUCAGUUUGAAGAGCAGACAUCCCAGCAGCCCUUUGAACCUGUGGGGCUGUCCCAAGAUUUUACAGUGACCGAUACGUACAAUCAACAGACUCAGUUUCCACCUGUCCAACAGCUACAAGAUUCCAGCACACUUGAGUCUCAGGCCCUCUCUACGAGUUUCCACCAGCCAAACUUACUGCAGGUUCCUACCUCUGAUGCAAUCAAUGCAACAACUCGUUUGAUUCAAGAGUCGCCCCGAGAGGAACUCGACCUGCAGGCACAGCGUCCCCAGACCCUGGAGGACAGUGAGGACCAGAGCAGGCGCUCAUACAGGUGUGACUACUGCAGCAAAGGCUUCAAGAAGUCCAGCCAUCUGAAGCAGCACGUGCGCUCCCACACAGGGGAGAAGCCCUACAAGUGCAAGCUGUGUGGGCGCGGGUUCGUCUCCUCCGGGGUCCUCAAGUCCCACGAGAAGACACACACAGGAGUAAAGGCGUUCAGCUGCAGCGUCUGCAGCGCCUCCUUCACCACCAACGGCAGCCUCACACGGCACACGGCCACUCACAUGAGCACGAAGCCCUACAAGUGUCCCUUUUGUGAGGAGGGGUUCCGGACCACCGUCCAUUGUAAAAAGCACAUGAAGAGGCACCAGACGGUCCCCUCUGCUGUGUCAGCCACUGGGGAGACAGAAGGAGGAGACAUGUGUAUGGAGGAAGAGGAAGAAAAUUCUGACAGAAAUGCAUCGCGUAAGUCUCGUCCUGAGGUCAUCACUUUCACAGAGGAAGAGACAGCCCAGUUAGCCAAAAUUCGGCCCCAGGAAAGCGCAACAGUGUCUGAGAAGGUCCUGGUGCAGUCAGCAGCAGAGAAGGAUCGCAUCAGCGAGAUGAGGGACAGGCAGGCAGAGCUACAGGAUGAGCCCAAGCACGCCAACUGCUGCACCUACUGCCCCAAGAGCUUCAAGAAGCCCAGUGACCUGGUCAGGCAUGUUCGAAUCCAUACUGGAGAAAAGCCAUAUAAAUGUGAUGAAUGUGGGAAGAGCUUCACCGUUAAAUCAACUCUAGAUUGCCAUGUGAAGACUCACACAGGUCAGAAGCUCUUCAGCUGCCAUGUCUGCAGCAACGCGUUCUCCACGAAGGGGAGUCUGAAGGUGCACAUGCGCUUGCACACGGGCGCCAAGCCCUUCAAGUGCCCACACUGCGAGCUGCGCUUCCGCACCUCCGGGCGGAGGAAGACCCACAUGCAGUUUCAUUACAAGCCAGACUCGAAGAAGGCCAGGAAGCCCGCCCCGCGGGGCUCACCCGAAGGACUGCAGCCCGUGAACCUCCUCAGCCCGCCGCCCGCUGAUCCGAGCGUGUUCAUCAUGAACAACUCUGUCCUGACAGGGCAGUUUGACCAGAAUCUGCUGCAGCAAGGCCUGGUGGGCCAGGCGGUUCUUCCUGCCUCCGUGACAGCAGGGGGUGACCUGACAGUGUCCCUGACAGAUGGGAGCCUGGCCACACUGGAGGGCAUCCAGUUGCAGCUGGCGGCCAACCUGGUUGGGCCCAACGUUCAGAUUUCGGGAAUCGACGCCUCCAGUAUUAACAACAUCACGCUGCAGAUCGACCCGAGUAUUUUGCAGCAGACGCUACAGCAGGGCAACGUGCUCACACAGCAGCUUCCCGGGGAGCCCAGCUCGGUGCCACAGAGCAGCACGCUUCAGACGCCGGACGGCACGGUCCCCACCAGUGUGGUCAUCCAGCCCCUCUCAGGCCUGUCCUUGCAGCCCGCGGUAACAUCUGCCAAUCUGACCAUAGGCCCGCUGGCUGAGCAGGAGUCGGUGCUGGCCACUAGCAGCAGUGGGACCCAAGACCUCACUCAAGUGAUGGCCCCGCAAGGCCUGGUGUCCCCCUCCGGCGGGCCCCAUGAGAUCACCCUGACCAUCAACAACUCAAGCCUGAGCCAGGUCCUGGCUGCUGGACCCUCCGCCACGUCAUCCUCGGGGUCUCCGCAGGAGAUCACCCUGACUAUCUCUGAACUUAACACUACAAGCGGAGGCCUCCCUUCGUCAACACCGAUGUCUCCGUCGGCCAUCUCCACUCAGAACCUGGUCAUGUCUUCGUCGGGUGUGGGAGGCGAUGCCAGUGUCACGCUGACGCUGGCCGAUGCACAGGGCAUGCUGUCUGGGAGCCUGGACACCGUCACGCUCAACAUCACCUCUCAGGGCCAGCAGUUCCCAGCGUUGCUCGCAGACCCCCCGCUCUCAGGCCGAGGGGCAGCAGGCUCCCCGCAAGUCAUCCUGGUGAGCCACGCCCCGCAGUCGCCAGCUGCCCCCUGUGAGGAGAUAGCCUACCAGGUGACUGACAUUUCUGGGAACCUGGCCCAGGGUGGCCAGUCUGAGAAGGAGGGCCGGGUGCACCAGUGCUUGGAGUGUGAGCGAGCCUUCUCGUCAGCUGCGGUGCUGAUGCACCACAGCAAGGAGGUUCACGGCAAGGAGCGCGUCCACGGCUGCCGCGUGUGUGGGAAGGCAUUCAAGCGUGCCACACACCUCAAGGAGCACAUGCAGACACACCAGGCCGGCCCCUCUUUGAGCUCUCAAAAACCCAGAGUGUUCAAAUGUGACACUUGCGAAAAGGCAUUUGCCAAGCCCAGCCAGCUGGAGCGCCACAGCCGCAUCCACACAGGGGAGCGGCCGUUCCACUGCACUCUCUGUGAGAAGGCCUUCAACCAGAAGAGCGCCCUGCAGGUGCACAUGAAGAAGCACACGGGGGAGAGGCCCUACAAGUGCGACUACUGCGUCAUGGGCUUCACACAGAAGAGCAACAUGAAGCUGCACGUGAAGCGGGCGCACAGCUGCGUCGGAGCUUUGCAGGCGUCUGCUGGUCGCCCGGAGCAGGACGGGGAGGAGCUGAGCCAGACCCUGCACCUGGAGGAGGUGGUACAGGAGGCCGGGGGCGAGUGGCAGGCUCUCACCAACGUGUUCUGAUGCAGGCAUGGGUGCCCUUGGAGAGAGUUUCUGAAGUUACAGUUUGUGAAGAACAAAGCACUUGGAACUUCUUUUUUAAAGCUUCAAGUGUUAAAAAUGUUACCACAAUAGUUUUGUAGCUAUAAAAUUAUCUAAAGAAUCACUGUCUUUCAGAGACUUUUAGGAAAAAAAUUGGAGAAAAUGUAAACGCAUUAUUCUCAUUCGUCUGCAAAUCUCUGAACUCAGGUACUCCAGCGGCAGUCUCGCCUUCCACCGCCGGCGUCUCUCUGCAGAGGCUCUGAUGGGUCUCACAUCACUGUAGUGUGACUUCUUUGUGUCAGCAAAGACAGAUGUUAACACGGAAAAGUACGUGAGACUUCCUUUGUGCUUUCUGUUCUAAGAAGCAUAGCUUACAAAACAGAUACAAGAGGUGCAUGAAGUUCAGAAGAAACGCUACCACACACACAGGGAAGUGUUUUCCAUGUUUUUCUCUGUGCAUUUUGAAAAGUACUAGAAAUCGACUCUUUUUAGUCUACUAUAGUUAAUCUAACCAAUACCCUGAGAGAUGGCUGGACCAAUUCUCUCUCCUUACAAAGACCUAAUCAUCAGUUCCAAGAAUGCAGUCUCUGGGACGUCCACACAGGGAAUCGUGCAGACCUGGCUCACUGAUAAGGACCACACCGUCCUCACGGGACGGCGGCACACUCACUGCGCAGAUCUGCGCUCAGGCCCGUGGGUUAGAUGAUCGCAGAAGCACAAGCCAUACGUUGCAAACAGGAGAUCACAGAGCUGUCUCCUAGGAACAAGGAACUGUGGCCCUUUCCACCUCAGUACAUAAGAAGUGUAUUUGUAGUUAAGGCUAAGAAUCCGUAACAACUCCACGAUUUUCUCUUCAUGCAUAAACAGAUGUAUUUUUUUAUUUCAGGGAAUUCUUUAAUAUCAUCAAUGGUGCCACAUUAAAUAUGCCCCAAACCAAAUCUCCCCCGUUCCGGGGCAGAGUGCGUGCACGUUGUUCCUACAGCAUUCCAAAGAUGGAAGGUUCUCUGCUCCAUGUUAAUUUUCCUUUGAAAUUAUUUAUAUGUUCUAUAUAUAAAUACAUAUGUACAUAGACAGAUAUAUGGGCCUCUGUGUGGCUGAAUAGUAUAUUUUGUAAAUAGAAGCACUAGUCCCAGUUGCAGAGAGAGCGUCCAAGAGUCACCUCCCUCCGAGCACUUCCGAUCAGUAUUGUAUUCAUUUUACCAAUAAAUGGGUAUCUUUUUCAUUGUAAUAUAAAGCCGGGUUUUAUUUUUUUCUCCUGAAAAAUAAUUGCCUUUAUUUUCUCUCAUUGCCUCCUUUGUUUCAGAAGAGAGUAGUUUUAUUAUAAAUAUUGUAUGGACUUUGUAUAUUAAGAGAGGGGCUCAUUUCAGAUUCCUAAAGAAACAGACAUUUCACUGUUAUGUUGAAAGGGCAUCUUUUGAUUUUUUUUGUUGUUCACUUUUGACAUAUGUAUAUAAAUAUUAAUGGUGAUAUAAAACUUUUGUUAUGUGAAAAUAUUUAAGUCAGAACUGUUAAAUAAUAUUACUUUUU